AGUACAAACAUGGCGGUGUGCGACUGUACAAACUAGCUCGGGCGACAUACAGUAAGUGCAACGCCAGAAGGUUUACGGUUUUUUUUUUAAGCAUUAAACAGACCAGCUGUCUUAAGUAGCAUUGGAAUGCCUUCAUCAUACAUCGUCUGGAAGCCGAGAAGUGUCAAGAAAAAAUAGGCUUCGCUUAUCUUGCUCAACCUCAAAGGCUGCAACAUCGCUGAAAACAACAAGGAUAAAGGAGGCUGAAAUGAACGGGGACGUAUUAUGCAAUGGACAUUCUCCACUACAAAGUUUCCUCAGCCACAGUUCCUCAAAGGCACCCCAUUGUGAAGAAAUCUCUGUCAAACUCAUCCAGGAUGGGAAAUCCUCAAGACUUUUUUGCACACAGACUGAGACACAGAAUAACUCAAAGAGAUCCAGUACUGUAAACGUCACUCUUCCUAAAAUCACCGUGAAUGAAGACCUCCAACAUCCAGCACACCAAGCAGAAGAACAGACGAGGAAGCUGCACUGUGUGCAGGCCCAUAUUCCUCCAUCCUCUGAAGCCGCUCACGAGAACCACAGUGCUCGCUCUUCUUGUUCGAGGAAACCAGUCAGUUAUAAAAUGAAAGUGAAGAAAUUUUCCAAGAAAGUUUCAGAGAGCAAGAAUUCCAAUAACCGAAAGGUCACAGACUACUAUCCCAUACGGAGAAGCUCGAGAAAAAGUGAAACUGAAUUAAAGUGUCAGGAGAAGAAACAAAUAGAUGAGCUCAUCACAAAAGGGACAGAGAAUGGAAUGAUGGUCAAGUACAUCGAAGGAAAGGGGAGGGGAGUGUUUGCCACCCAGAGCUUCCAGAAAGGCCAGUAUGUAGUGGAAUAUCACGGUGAUCUGUUGCUGAAAACUGAUGCCAAACAAAGGGAAGCUGUAUACGCACAAGACCCUGCAACUGGCUGCUACAUGUAUUACUUUCAGUAUCUUAGCAAAACAUAUUGUGUGGAUGCCACAAAAGAAACUGACCGCAAGGGAAGACUCAUCAACCACAGUAAAAAUGGAAACUGUCAGACCAAGCUGCAUGACAUCAAUGGAAUACCUCACCUGAUUCUCGUGGCCUCCAGAGAUAUAGAGGAGGGUGAGGAGCUGUUGUACGACUACGGCGACCGAAGCAAAGCCUCGAUAGCGGCUCAUCCGUGGCUCAAACACUGAGGAACUAAGAGAUGCAAACUAACAACUUGUUUCUUAAGUAGAGUUUUUAAUGUAAUUACUGCCUUAGAAAACUGAGAAUGUUUAGGGUGUAGUAUGUGUUUGGGUGUGUGAAACAGUGACUUAAACACAUUUAGGUUACGGUACAUAUUCUACAUGUUCUACAUGAUACUUUUAAAAUAUUUAUCUUGCUAUAUGACUUGCUAGUUUUGACACGUUUCUUUUUUUGUAUAUUUUCUAUACUUGUAGAACAGUGCUUCCAAAGCAUGCAGUUGUAGUCCAACUUUAUGCAUUUUUUAUAAGACAUUUUCUUAAGCCAGUGUAUAGUAGUUAGUGGCUUAGCAAUAAAUAUUUAUGAUGCCCAAACCUUUUCUGUAGAAUGCAAGAGAUGCUUCAAAGAGCCAUGUUUUAAAAGCUUGGGAUAACUGGACGGUAUUGCCACCUCCCUCAGCCUAAUCUGGAAUCUUAACAUUUUACAGUGUUGACUGUGUAACUUCAAAUAUUUGGACAAAUCUGUACCUGAUGUCGAGUGUGAGGCACCAAAUAAUCCAUCAAAAAGUAUUAUGUGGAUUCUGUAUUCUGGGUUAGAGGUGAUGUUUAAUAAAAUGGUUUUAUGCACA